UUCUUGAAGAACUUUGAGAUACUGGCGUAUAUGAGCUGUUGUCCCAAUGUCCAAUCGAAAUGCUGUGUGGAGCGCGCGCUGUCACCAGUCCAACGCUUUUGUCGGUGUCAAAUGGCUUCAACAUGGCAACGCGUUCAGUCCAUGCACCAGUGGAUUUUAGAGAAUGGAGAUAAGAGGACAGACCCAUGGCUACUGGUCUACUCCCCCAUGCCAGUGGCCUUUAUAUUCCUCCUCUAUCUCGGUGUGGUCUGGGCUGGGCCCAAGCUGAUGAAACGCAGGGAACCAGUUGAUCUCAAGGCUGUACUCAUUGUCUACAACUUCGCCAUGGUCUGCCUGUCUGUCUACAUGUUCCAUGAGUUCUUGGUCACAUCCUUGCUGUCUAACUACAGUUACCUGUGUCAACCUGUGGAUUACAGUACUAGUCCACUGGCAAUGAGGAUGGCCAGAGUAUGCUGGUGGUUUUUCUUCUCCAAGGUCAUAGAACUAGCUGACACGGUGUUCUUCAUCCUGAGGAAGAAGAACAGUCAGCUGACCUUCCUGCAUGUCUAUCACCAUGGCACCAUGAUCUUCAAUUGGUGGGCAGGGGUCAAGUAUCUGGCUGGAGGCCAAUCGUUCUUCAUCGGCCUGCUCAACACAUUUGUGCACAUCGUGAUGUACUCUUACUACGGACUGGCUGCCCUGGGGCCUCACAUGCAGAAGUACUUAUGGUGGAAGCGCUAUCUGACCUCACUACAGCUGCUCCAGUUUGUUCUGUUGACCACUCACACGGGCUACAACCUCUUCACUGAGUGUGACUUCCCAGACUCCAUGAACGCUGUGGUGUUUGCCUACUGUGUCAGUCUCAUUGCUCUUUUCAGCAACUUCUACUAUCAGAGCUACAGGAAGAGCAAGAAGACAUAAAGGAUAUGGACAAUCAUGCACUCACUGUGUCUUACUGUACCUGAAUUCAAUUCACUGUCAAAUUUAAACAUUUUGUAAUACAUUAUCUGGAGAUGCAUUAUUUUUGUGAAGCAUUCUACAAUAUUCCCUAUGGUCUCUACUUCCCGCUGGGCAAAUCAAAUUUUAUUGGUCACAUACACAUAUUUAGCAGAUGUUAUUGCGGGUGUAGCGAAAUGCUUGUGUUCCUAGCUCCAACAGUGCAGUAGUAUCUAACGUCAAUUCAACGUCUAUUCCACGUUAAUUGAAAGGAAAGAGACUGGCAUGGGUAUUUGUGUUUGGCACAUAUGUGCUAUACAACUUAAAUAAUGAGGUAGAGGAGAUAUUUUACAGGUUGUCUCAAUACAACAGCAUUCAUUACUUUUCAGAUUGUUAAAGUGAAACAUUGUGGUUUGUAAGCCUGCUUGCAGCAUUUGAGAAUGCCCAGAAGAGGGCAGAGUCUGUCUAUGGUUGGUGCUUCACUUACCAGUGUGUCAAGCUGUAGUAGAACUGUUGCCACUGUCUAAUUUGUCUGCAACUUGAAAAUUCACAUAUGUAUACACUACUUUAUGUAGUGCUGCUGGUUAUAUCUUGGGCACAUACAUUUCACAUUAUAGCAGAUAUAUUGUGCUUUAGUUAUUUGAAACGUGUAAUUAGGCAAGGAUCAUGUACUUUGUGCUAUAACAAUGUAAUAACACCAAGCAAGGGCCGUAGGAAAAUGAGAAGAAUACUUUUUUGUUUGAACGCUCCCAUAAUUAAAAUUGUAUUUUUCUUUUA